AUGCCACAGUGCUCUUGUGAAGAACUUGCCACACGUGAAAAGCAUGUGUGUGGAGAAGAAAGUAUUGGCCGUUCAUCUCUAGGUGUGCCCCUGAACCAUCAGGAAGGACAGAAACCUCAUGAAGACCAGGACUAUGGACAGAAGUUGUAUAAACAUAAGGGAUUUGAAGGCAGCUCCAGUUCUCCUCUGUCCCUUCAGACAAAUAAAAGUGCUCACACUGGAGGGAAACCUUCUAAAAAUAAGGAGUGCAAAGAAGACCUUCUUUGUCUCCGAUCUGGUCAAAGGAAUGACGGUCGUGCCCAUGCAAAGAAGUCUCACGUAUGUAAACAGUGUGGGAAAUGCUUUUCAUAUCUCGAUUUCUUAAAAACACAUGAAAAGAUUCGUUGUGGUAAAAAUACCCAUGUAUGUGAACUGUGUGGGAAAGGCUUCGUUAGACACACAAGAAUUCACACUGGAGAGAAACCGUAUGUAUGUAAGCAAUGUGUGAAAGCCUUCAUUACUUCUAGUAACCUUCAAGUACAUGAAUGAACUCACACUGGGGGGAAAACCUAUGUAUGUAAGGAUUGUGGGGAUGCCUUCAGGCUUUUGAUUCAGUUGCAAAAGCAUGAAGUAAUUCACAGUGGCGUGAAUCCCUUUCUUUGCAAGCAAUGUGGGAAAAGCUUUACUUGUUCCGGCUCCCUAAAAACACAUGAAAGAAUUCACACUGGUGAGAAGCCCUAUGUGUGUGAUCACUGUGGGAAAACCUUUGCUUGUUCUAGUACCCUUAAAACACAUAUUCAUACAGGAGAGAGACCGUAUGUAUGCAAGCAAUGUGGGAAAACCUUUCGUUAUUCUUUUUAUAUUCAAAGACAUGAACAAACCCACAGCAACAAGAGACCCUAUGAGUGUAAGAAGUGUGCGAAAGGAUUUAUAUCUUCUAAUCAGCUGGAAAUACACGGAAGAACUCACACUGGAGAGAGAGACCUUAUGUAUGUAAGAAGUGUGAGAAGGGCUUCUUAA